GAGGAAGCCCGGGGCCUGGCGGCCCGGAGGCCCCGCUGCCCGGGCUGGGGCUGCAUGGGCGCACGGACCGGCCACCAUGGCCCUGGGUCCCGAGGGUUUGGCGCUGGAGUCCGGCGAGGCCUUCUUGGGCAGCUUUGUGGCCAGCGGGAUGGGGCCCUCGGCCUCAUCCCAUGGGAGCCCGGUGCCCCUGCCCUCUGACCUCUCCUUCCGCUCCCCCACCCCCAGCAACCUGCCCAUGGUGCAGCUGUGGGCCGCCCACGCCCACGAAGGCUUCUCCCACCUGCCCAGUGGGCUGUACCCAUCCUACCUCCACCUGAACCACCUGGAGCCCCCCAGCAGCGGGAGCCCCCUCCUCAGCCAGCUGGGCCAGCCCAGCAUUUUCGAUACCCAGAAAGACGGCUUCUACCUGCCCGCCCCUGGAGCUCCGGGUGCCCUGCACUCUCAUGCGCCCUCCUCCAGGACCCCAGGCGGCCACUCUUCGGGAGCCUCGACCAAAGGCUCUUCUCGGGAAGGCCCAGCCAAGGACCGGAUGGGCCGAGGCGGGGAGCCGCCCCCACUGUUCGGCAAGAAGGACCCGCGGGCCCGCGAAGAGGCAGCGGGGCCCCGCGGCGUGGUGGACCUGACCCAAGAGGCGCGGGCGGAGGGCCGCCAGGACCGCGGGCCCCCGCGCCUCCCGGAGCGCCUGUCGCCCUUCCUGGCCGAGCCCGGGCCCCCGCGGGCACCGGGCACGGCCACCACCGAGUCCAAGGGCAAGAACCCGCUGCCGCUGCCGCUGCCACCACCGGCGCUGAGCCUCUGCAAUGGUGCGGGGGACGCGGGGCUCCCCGCACUGGUGGCCGAGGCGGCCCGCGGCUCCAAGGAGACCGCGCGCCAGGAUGAGAGCGCACGGCUGCGGCGUGCAGAGGCCCUGCUGCCGGGGCCUUGCCCCUGCCCCUCGCCGCUCCCGCCGCCGCCCGUGAGCAAGGGCCCGCCUGCGCCCCCCGCCGCCUCCGGGGCCUUCGCCGCGCCGCAGCCCGCCCCCGCCGGCGUCUACACCAUCUUCCCCGUGGCGGCCGCGCGCGAGGCGGGCCGCGAGCACCGUGUGGUGGCGCCCACCUUCGUGCCUUCCGUGGAGGCCUUUGACGAGCGCCCGGGGCCCAUCCAGAUCGCGUCGCAGGCGCGUGACGCCCGGACCCGGGAGCGCGAGGCGGGCAGGCCCGGCGUCCUGCAGGCCCCGCCCGGGUCUCCGCGGCCGCCCCCGGACCGAUCCGAGAGCCUCCGCGAGAAGAGCUCCGUGAUCCGCUCGCUCAAGCGGCCGCCGCCCGCCGAGGCCCCACCGGCGCGGGCCGCGCGCUCCUCCCCGGACCCCCGGGCCUACCUCCCCGCCAAGGAGCUGCUCAAGCCCGAGGCCGAGCCCCGGCCGUGCGAGCGCGCCCCGCGCGGCCCAGCUGUCGCCUCCGCCUCCCAGCAGGCCGCCAAGCUUUUCGGCCUAGAGCCAGGGCGGCCGCCCCCGCCCGCCGGCCCUGAGCACAAAUGGAAACCCUUCGAGCUGGGCAACUUCGCCACGACGCAGAUGGCCGUGCUGGCCGCGCAGCAUCACCACGCCAGCCGUGCCGAGGAGGAGGCCGCCGCUGCCGCCGCCUCCAAGAAGGCCUACCUGGACCCCGGGGGCGCGUUGCCCCGCGCCGGGGCCACCUGCGCCAGGCCGGGCGCCGACCUGCACGCCGCGGCCCACGGGCCGGGCGAGGCCUCGGCCAUGCAGAGCCUCAUCAAAUACAGCGGCAGCUUCGCGCGCGAGGCCGUGGCCGUGCGCCCCGGCGGCUGCGGGAAGAAGAGCCCCUUCGGAGGCCUGGGCACCAUGAAGCCCGAGCCCGCUCCCACGGCUGCCCCGCGCGCUCAGGCCCGCCUCCCGCACCCCGCGGGCCCUGCAGCCGCCGGGGGCCGGCAGCUGAAGCGGGACCCGGAGAGGCCCGAGAGCGCCAAGGCCUUCGGACGCGAGGGCUCCGGCGCCCAGGGUGAGGCAGAGGUGCGACACCCACCCGUGGGCAUUGCGGUGGCCGUGGCCCGGCAGAAGGACAGUGGCAGUGGCCGGCUGGUGCCUGGGCUGGCGGACCAGGAGCGCUCCCUGUCUCUGAGCAACGUCAAAGGGCACAGCCGAGCCGACGAGGACUGUGGAGAUGAACGGGCCAGGCACCGAGAGGAGCGGCUGCUUGGGGCACGGCUGGACCGGGACCAGGAGAAGCUGCUCAGAGAAAGUAAGGAGCUGGCUGACCUGGCCCGCCUGCACCCCACCAGCUGUGCUGCUAAUGGCCUGAACCCCAACCUCAUGGUGACCGGGGGCCCGGCGCUGGCAAGUUCCGGUCGCUGGUCCGCUGACCCUGCGGCCCACCUGGCCACGCACCCCUGGCUGCCCCGCUCGGGCAGCACGUCCAUGUGGCUCGCUGGACACGCCUACGGCUUGGGCCCCCCUUCUCUGCACCAGGGCAUGGCGCCUGCCUUUCCACCCGGCCUGGGGGGCUCCCUGCCGUCGGCCUACCAGUUCGUCAGGGACCCCCAGUCGGGCCAGCUGGUGGUCAUUCCCAGUGAUCACUUGCCUCACUUUGCGGAGCUGAUGGAGCGGGCCGCGGUGCCACCCCUUUGGCCGGCCCUGUACCCGCCAGGCCGCAGCUCCCUGCACCACGCCCAGCAGCUGCAGCUCUUCUCCCAGCAGCACUUCCUGCGGCAGCAGGAAUUCCUGUACCUGCAGCAGCAGGCGGCCCAGGCCCUGGAACUGCAGCGGAGCGCCCAGCUGGUGCAGGAGCGGCUGAAGGCCCAGGAGCAGCGGGCGGAGAUGGAGGAGAAGGUGAGCAAGCGGAGCCUGGACGCCGCGGGCAAGGGUGGCCUGGGCGCCUCGGGCCCCGGGCUGCUGCCUCGGAAGCCCCCUGGCCUGGCCGCUGGCCCUGCGGGCACCUACGGCAAGGCCAUGAGUCCACCGCCAUCUCCCCGCGCUUCCCCUGUGGCUGCCCUGAAGGCCAAGGUCAUCCAGAAGCUGGAGGAUGUGUCCAAGCCGUCCACCUACGCCUACCCCGCCACACCCAGCGCCCACCCCACUAGCCCGCCGCCCGCCUCCCCGCCGCCCGCCCCUGGCAUCACCCGCAAGGAGGAGGCCCCCGAGAACGUCGUCGAGAAGAAGGACUUAGAAUUGGAGAAGGGAGCCCCCAGCCCUUUCCAGGCCUUGUUCCCAGAUAUCCCACCCCGGUACCCGUUUCAAGCCCUGCCGCCACACUACGGGAGGCCCUACCCGUUCCUGCUGCAGCCCACGGCGGCUGCCGAUGCCGACGGCCUGGCCCCCGACGUGCCGCUCCCGGCCGAUGGGCCGGAGCGCUUGGCGCUCUCGCCUGAGGACAAGCCCAUCCGCCUGUCCCCGUCGAAGAUCCCAGAGCCUCUGCGGGAGGUUCCGGACGAAGAACCGCUGGCGGAGCGGGAGGUGAAGGCGGAGGUGGAGGACAUGGACGAAGGCCCCGCAGAGCUGCCCUCCCUCGAGUCGCCGCUGACGCUGCCCCCCGAGGAAGCCCUGGCGGCCCCGAGCCCGGCGGGCGGCUGCGCGGGUGGCCUGCUGGAGGCCCAGGCCCAGGCGCUGAGUGCCGGCGGACAGGGGCCCGCGGAGCCCUCCGGGUGCCCGGACUUCGCCGAGGGGGCCGAGGCGCGGGUUGAUUCACCGGGCCGGACGGAGUCGUGCGCGGCCGCCCCGGACCUGGGGGCGCGGCUGACGCCUGAGCCGCUGGUCAAGGCUAAGGAGGAGCCAGUGGAGGUGCCCGUGGACGUGCCCAUGGCAGAGGCGGUUCCCGAGGAAGAUCGGGCCCAGGCGGCCCCGAGCGAGCCCCGGCCCAGCCUGGAACGGCCGGACUGUGACGUGCCCCCUGGGGAGGGACAGUGCCUGAGUCUGGAGGCCCCGGAGGCCGCCCCUGUGCCCGGCAGCGCCUGCUUCCUGGAGGAAGCGGGCUCCGAUCAGUUCCCGCCCAGCCUGGAGGACCCGCUGGCUGGCAUGAAUGCCCUAGCGGCCGCGGCAGAGCUGCCCCAGGCCAGGCCUCUGCCCUCCCCGGGCACUGGAGCCCCGGCCCUGGAGAGGCUGGAGGCAGUGCAGAGCCUUGUCCUGGAGCCGAGCUUCCUGCACGGCAUCACCCUGUUGAGCGAGAUCGCAGAGCUGGAGCUCGAGAAGAGGAGCCGGGAGGCGGCAGGUGUGGAGCGGGGCCCAGCGGUGCGGCCCUCGCUGGAGAGCCUGCUGGCAGCCAGCAGCCACAUGCUGAAGGAGGUGUUGGACGGCCCCUUCGUGGACCCGCUGAAGAACCUGCGGCUUCCACGGGAGCUGAACCCCAACAAGAAGUACAGCUGGAUGCAGAAGAAGGAGGAGCGGAUGUACGCCAUGAAGUCCUCCCUGGAGAGCAUGGACGCCAUGGAGCUGGACUUCCGGAUGCGGCUGGCGGAGGUGCAGCGCCAGUACAAGGAGAAGCAGCGCGAGCUGGUGAAGCUGCAGAGGCGCCGCGAUUCCGAGGACAGGCGCGAGGAACCCCAUAGAAGCUUGGCACGCAGAGGCCCUGGCAGGCCGCGGAAACGGACCCACGCCCUGAGCGCCCUGUCGCCCCCCCGCAAGAGAGGGAAGAGCCGCAUCCGUAGCGGAAAGCUGAGCGGCAAGCCCCUGCUGACCUCGGACGACUAUGAGCUGGGAGCAGGGACGAGGAAGAGACCCAAGGGGCCUGAGGAGGAGCACGAUGCCCUUGGCGGGGCCGCGAAAGCCAGGGGGAGGAGCCAGCCUUGGGACGAGCACGAAGCCUCUUCAGACUUCAUGAGUCAGCUAAAGAUUAAGAAGAAGAAGAUGGCCAGCGACCAGGAGCAGUUGGCAAGCAAGCUGGACAAAGCCCUCUCCCUCACAAAGCAGGACAAGUUGAAGUCGCCCUUCAAGUUCUCGGACACUUCUGGGGGGAAAUCAAAGACGAGUGGGGUCUGCGGCAGGUACUUGACGCCCUACGACAGCCUGCUGGGCAAGGACAGGAAGGCGCUGGCCAAAGGCCUCAGCCUGUCUCUGAAAGCCUCCCGAGAAGGUAAACACAAAAGGGUCGCCAAAGCCAGGAAGAUGGAGGUGGGGUUCAAGGCCAGAGGCCAGCCCAAGUCGGCCCACUCCCCGUUCGCCUCGGAAGUGAGCAGCUACUCCUACAAUACGGACUCAGAGGAAGAGGAGGAAUUCCUGAAGGACGAGUGGGCUGCCCAAGGCCCCUCCAGCUCCAAACUGACAUCUUCCAUCCUGUGCGGCAUGGUGGCGAAGAAUAGCAAGCCGGCCGGCGGCCCCAAGCUGACCAAGAGGGGCCUGGCGGCCGCCCGGACUCUGAAGCCCAAGCCGGCCGCCGGCAGGAAGCAGCCGUUUUGUUUGCUGCUUCAAGAGGUCGAGGCCCGUUCCUCCUUCAGCGAUUCCUCGGAGGACUCGUUUGACCAAGAUGAGAGCUCCGAGGAGGAGGAGGACGAGGAGGACGAGGAGGAUGAGCUGGACGAGGAGGAGGACGAGGCCGCCGGAGGCUAUAGGCUGGGGGCCCGGGAGCGGGCCCUGUCGCCAGGCCUGGAGGAGAGCGGGCUGGGCCUGCUGGCCCGCUUUGCAGCCAGUGCCCUCCCCAGCCCCACCGUGGGCCCGUCCCUGUCAGUGGUGCAGCUGGAGGCCAAGCAGAAGGCCCGCAAGAAGGAGGAGCGGCAGAGCCUGAUGGGCACUGAGUUCGAGUACACCGACUCGGAG